CCUCCUUCUCCUCUCCCCCCCCUGUUCGACCACUGACACCAGCUACGCCCGCCUCCUGCCCGGCGAAGGCGCCGCCAUGGCGGCCUACCUCCAGAAGGGCGAGCGCAUCCCGCGCCGCGGCGAAAUCGGGAUCGACCCCGCCAAGAUCGCGUCGUACGAAGCCGCGGGCUUCGUCAUGUCCGGCUCGCGGCAUGUGCGGAUGAACGCGGUGCGGCAGCGCAAGGAGGCGCAAGUCGUGAGCGCGGAAGAGAAGCGCGCGGCGCUCCUCGCGCAACGCGAGAGCGCGCAGGCGCGCGAGGGCGCGAUUAUUAGUCAGUUCCGCGAGAUGGUCGACGAGCGGUUGGCCGUCGAGGAGCGGCGUGCGCGCGAGCGCGGACGCGAGCAGCGCGGACGCGAGCAGCGCGACAAGGAGCGCGAGGAGCGCGGGCGCAGGGCGUGAGGCAUGCUCGCAUAAUACAAUAGAUACAAACAUGUACAAUGGCGAGCG